CUUUCAUGGGCGACAGACAGGAAACACAUGAGUUUUCUCCUGGACAAGAUGAAGAUUUCUAUGGAUUUGACGACUGCAAACCUAAGAAACCAGCAAAGAUGAAAUUGCAGCACAAGGGGCGUCGAAGCUCGAAGGAAAACAUGCUGGAUGACGCCAGUUCUCAGAGAAAGAAGAGCAGCUUCUCACCCGAGGAGCUGGAUGAACUCUACAGGACGGAGUACUCCAAACAGGAUGACUUUGCUGACGAUGAAUUUACAGGGAAUCACUUCACGAGUCAAGGAGAGAUGCAUUACAGUGAACAACAUUUGGACGACGCCUCCAAACCGAAAAAGUUACUGAAACUCAAAGGCUUCAAAAAGCACAAGGCUAAGAGCAAAGCCAGGCCUCCAGAGUGGGACGAUCCACCUGGAGCUACGUCAGGUCACUUCAUGUCAGAGGCUGCAGAGGCGGAGUGGCUGGCUGCUCAGCAGGAUGAACGAGCUAUGGCUGGUUUUCAGGAUGAAGGCGACGAUGGGGACACGGACAGUUUGAUGGAGUGGUGGAACACCGUGGAGCAGUGGGACGAGUUGCCAUCAGACGACGAGAACAAAGUCGUACAUGAGGAUGAUUCCAAGUCUUUCAGCAUCUUGGCGGACAAGGUCCACCGCGGCCUGCGAGUCUUCAACAAGGUCUUCACUGAGCGAGCCGAGGUCCUCUGGCAGUCCAUCAUCCUGCUCCACGCCAUCACUGACGACAUCAGCGAGUACCACAAAAAAGCCAAGGCCGCCGGCAUCACUACCACGGCUGUGGGAAGUGUGACGGCCAUCGCAGGUCUGGCUCUGGCGCCCUUCACCUUUGGCACCUCUCUGGUAAUUACAGCUGUCGGUGUUGGGGUGGCGACGGCUGGAGGAAUCGCUUCAGCCUCUGUAGCCAUCAACGAAAAUAACACGAACAACAUGCAUGACAGGAAGAAGGUGGAGAUAGCGCUGAAGGAGUAUGAAGGUCACCUGCUGGACAUUGGGAAGAUCCUCCACUUUAUCGAUAAGGGCUUGUACAAACUCCGCGGUCACCCUUUCCUCAGGUCUGGCACCCAACACUACUCGGAGGACUGGGAGACUCGCAGGGCCGUGCAGAUCAUCAGCUUGGCCGAUGCGCCCGUGAUGCGAGCGACGGAGAUAACGGACGGGGCCAUCGCUUCGCUGCAGGGCCUCUUCAAAGGGGUGGACAAGUACUUCGUCACAGACCCCCGCGAGCUGAAGAAAGGCUGCAGGAAAGAGGUGGUGGCUGAGAUCAAGGAGGUGGCCAAUGUGCUGAAUGUUGCAGUGGUAGAGCUCAAUACCAUCAGAGAACAGCUGCAGGAUGCAACAGGAAACAUGUGAGACUCAGUGUUGACACUCCGAAUGUAGAGGGUUCUUUUAGAUCAGCAGCGCCCUCUCCUGGCUAAGUGAAUGGCUACUUUAUUAAAUUAAUUUAAUUGAUGUUACCAAGUAGAAUUAUAUUAACCCCAUUAUCAGAAAUGAUGACAAACUCCAGUCCACUGCAAUAAUGUGAAGAUUGGAAUAAUAGAGAUUGGUUUUGAUUCAGCUUUGGUCACUUUUAAAUAACAGGGAAUCGAUUUGUGUCAUGUGAUUUAAAGGGUGUGUGUAUAUGAGGUGUUUCAGGAUAUAACACUGUGAUCUCUGAUUUUUAAAUGAUUUGUCACCUUAUGCUUUCACACGAGGACACAAAGCAUCACAAUCACACAGAAUCUGUAUUAAAUGUAUAUAAAGUCACAAAGACGGAAUUUCUCGUAGGGCGACUGUCACUUGAGUUUGAUGUCGGUGGUUUUUAUUAUUUUUAUCUUCAUAUUGAUUAUCGGUGUAAUGAAGCGUGUUUGAAUCAUUGAAAAUCUACAGUGACACUUGAAAAUAUUAAACUGAUUUUUAAAAACUGA